GGUGCAGCAUCAUGGUUAUGAAAGCUACACUAGAAGAUGAUGAUUCAGGAUGGGAACUCAGUAUGCCUGACAAGAUGGAAAAGAGUAAUACCAGCUGGAUAGAUAUAACCCAGGAUUUUGAAGAAGCUUGUAGAGAACUGAAGUUAGGAGAACUGCUUCAUGACAAGCUUUUUGGUCUUUUUGAAGCCAUGUCUGCCAUUGAAAUGAUGGAUCCCAAGAUGGAUGCUGGUAUGAUUGGAAACCAAGUUAACAGAAAGGUUCUUAACUUCGAGCAAGCUAUUAAGGAUGGCACCAUUAAAAUAAAGGAUCUCACUUCACCUGAGCUGGUAGGAAUAAUGGACACGUGUUUUUGUUGUUUGAUAACAUGGUUAGAAGGACAUUCCUUGGCACAGACAGUAUUCACUUGCCUUUAUAUUCAUAAUCCAGACUUCAUAGAAGAUCCUGCUAUGAAGGCUUUUGCUCUUGGAAUCCUAAAAAUCUGUGAUAUUGCCAGAGAAAAGGUUAACAAAGCAGCUGUUUUUGAGGAGGAAGAUUUUCAGUCAAUGACUUAUGGAUUUAAAAUGGCCAACAGUGUGACAGAUCUUAGAGUUACAGGUAUGCUGAAAGAUGUAGAAGAUGACAUGCAAAGACGAGUGAAGAGCACCCGAAGUCGACAAGGAGAAGAGAGAGAUCCAGAAGUUGAACUUGAACAUCAACAAUGUUUAGCUGUCUUCAGCAGAGUCAAGUUUACCCGCGUCUUACUCACUGUCCUGAUUGCUUUUACGAAAAAAGAGACGAGUGCAGUUGCAGAAGCUCAGAAACUAAUGACUCAGGCAGCUGACUUGCUCUCUGCCAUACACAAUUCACUGCAUCAUGGUAUGCAGGCACAGAAUGAUACCACUAAAGGAGAUCAUCCUAUUAUGAUGGGGUUUGAGCCACUUGUUAAUCAGAGAUUGCUGCCACCAACUUUCCCUCGAUAUGCAAAAAUCAUUAAAAGGGAAGAAAUGGUCAAUUAUUUUUCCAAACUAAUAGACCGAAUAAAAACUGUAUGUGAAGUAGUCAACUUAAGUAACUUGCAUUGUAUACUGGACUUUUUCUGUGAGUUUAGUGAGCAAUCACCAUGUGUUCUUUCAAGAUCCCUGUUACAGACAACUUUCCUAGUAGAUAACAAGAAGGUGUUUGGCACUCAUCUUAUGCAAGACAUGGUAAAAGAUGCCUUAAGAUCUUUCGUCAGUCCUCCAGUACUUUCUCCAAAGUGUUGUCUUUAUAAUAACCACCAGGCAAAAGACUAUAUUGAUUCCUUUGUCACACAUUGUGUUCGGCCGUUCUGUAGUCUGAUUCAAAUCCAUGGACACAACAGAGCUCGUCAGAGAGAUAAACUAGGUCACAUCCUUGAGGAAUUUGCCACGCUACAAGAUGAGGCAGAGAAAGUAGAUGCAGCACUUCAUAGCAUGUUACUGAAGCAAGAACCACAAAGGCAACAUUUGGCCUGCUUGGGCACCUGGGUCCUAUACCACAACCUUCGUAUUAUGAUACAGUAUCUUCUCAGUGGCUUUGAGUUGGAACUUUACAGUAUGCAUGAGUAUUACUACAUCUAUUGGUACCUCUCCGAAUUCCUCUAUGCCUGGCUGAUGUCAACGCUGAGCCGCGCCGACAGCUCUCAGAUGGCAGAGGAGAGGAUAAUGGAGGAACAACAGAAAGGCCGCAGUAGUAAGAAAACGAAGAAAAAGAAGAAAGUUCGCCCUCUCAGCAGAGAGAUCACCAUGAGUCAAGCAUACCAAAAUAUGUGCGCUGGGAUGUACAAGACAAUGAUCGCCUUUGACAUGGAUGGCAAAGUAAGGAAACCUAAGUUUGAACUGGAUAGUGAGCAAGUUCGGUAUGAGCACAGAUUUGCUCCAUUCAACAGUGUUAUAACACCACCUCCAGUGCACUACUUGCAGUUUAAAGAAAUGUCUGAUUUAAAUAAGUAUAGCCCACCUCCUCAGUCAUCAGAUCUCUACAUGGCAGCUAGCAAGCACUACCAGCAAGCUAAAAUGAUUCUUGAGAAUAUUCCAAAUCCAGACAAUGAGGUCAAUCGAAUUCUAAAAGUUGCAAAACCCAAUAUUGUGGUCAUGAAGCUGCUGGCAGGAGGCCACAAGAAAGACUCUAAGGUUCCUCCAGAAUUUGACUUCUCUCCUCACAAGUACUUCCCAGUUGUGAAGCUUGUUUGAAGUACAAGACAUUUUUUAGAAUACCUGAAGAAUAUCUGUGUAGCAGAUACCAGCUCUGGGAGGGGGAAUAACUACUGCUGCACUUGGACUACAAGCGAUGUCCAGGAUAAAAAUACUGUCACAUGGAAUAUCUGUACUGCUGCCUUUUUGUGAUUUGAAUGACAACUGCUGUUUUAAAGUGGUUUGUAUAAAGUUUAUUGGAUUUUAUGCAUGAAGCUGAUUUUAAUCAACUGUAUUAUUAAAGAACAUUGUAUCUUAGUUGAUAUUAUUACAGAUUUUGAUCAUAAAUAAUUUUUAUUACUGAGUUCUGACAAAGUGGUGCGUUAGGAACUGAAUAAAAAUCAUGCAAUAGAGCCUCUUGUCUGAUGUGCACAGCUAAGCUACUGCAAUUCUGCAUUUGCAGUCACUUGGAGAAAUUUUGAGUUCCUGUGGUUUUGUAUAAUUGUAUCAGAAUUGCUCAUUUAGCAAGUAGAGAAAUGUUGGAGAAAAAUUAGUCGUUGAGCAAUUGAGUGAAUGAUUCCUAGUUGGAAUUUGUUUGUCUUUGUUCUCCAAGUGCUGAAGAAUCUGCACAGCAGAUACUCCGGUAGUCACUAGCAAUAUCACCAGACACUGAAGACUCUAUUUUACCAAUUCUGCAACUUUGUUACAAUCCUAGUAUUUGCUUGUGCAAACAAGGGAUUGCUACAUUUGCAUGAUCUUUAUUCUCCAUUUUUGACUGCAAUGGGGCUGCUCCAUCCUAUUGUCUCUGUAGUAAUUUUCAGGUAGAUUUCCAAAACAGGAGAAGCCCCAAACCUAUCCCCACCUUCCUGGAUUAGUUAUGCCUUCCAAGCUUUCAGAUGUGAAAUAAUAGAGGUAAGCUGUUGUGUUGUAGCCAAGAAAUGUUUUUCCUUUGCUACAAGCAAGGAAAAAAUGUUCAAAAAGCGGACCUGGUCCUGGCCAAGUCAUACCUAGGCCAUACAAGGAAAUCUUUUGUUGGACACAGCAAAUCUUGAUUUUGGUGUACAAUGACUUCCACUGUAUGGAUGUAACUCCAUAUUGGCCAUAUAGAACAUUUUUUGGUGUUAAACCAAAACAUCACCUGAUUUUACUGUGGAUUAAUAUCACUUCAGCUUCAUCCCCCGACCAGCAGCACUGCAGAGCUAGAGCUUGUAAACAGUGAGUAACCUCUGAGGUGGAACACCCAACUUGUCUUCCAGCAAUUUGCAGCUUCCUGAAAUAAGCAGAAGUACUGUCCUGAAGACAUGUUUUUUUCCAAAUUCUCUGCUAAAGAAAUGGCAUAUCACAUUACAUGUUUGCUUAUCAUCAUGAUUAAUACACUUGAAUGCUUCCAUAUAGCUGCCAAAGGAAUAAAAAGCCUGGAAUAUGCAGUGGUAAAAUGGCACAGAACAUUCAUCUGGCUUCUUGUAAACAGUCACGAAAUCUUUCCCAUCUUAAAGAUCCUGAACUACAUGACAGUAGCUCAAGCACAGCCUUUGUUAUUUCUCCAAAGUAAAAGAGAAAGCAAAUUACAUGUGAUUUGUGGAACCAAUAAAAUAGCAAUAAUAAUAUUUCCCCUUCUAAUUAGAAUUAGAACUGGAUGAAUUGUACUAAAUAACAUCAGUACACCAGAGAAGAUUACUUUUAAAUGCUUACCUAAAAUGGAUCAAGUUUAGUUGUAAAGAAAACCAAACCAAAGUGCUAAUAAAACACCAAGAUGCUUAGAGAAAAGUAGUAAUGCCUUACAGAACUAAAAACUUUAGUGAGAGACAACACUAUGUACACCACAGUUCCAAAUUCAUCUCUUGUUCAACUACAGGUCUUUUAAUUCUAAAGUUCUGUACAGUAGACAUACAGGCCUCUUGCCUACUAGAAACCACCCGAGUUAGAUUGAAGCAUUUGAGGUCAUUACGAAUAAAACUGUAGUCCUUGAUUUCGAACACUGCUCUUAUGCAUGUUUUCAGACCCUUUGCCCUCAGAGGUUUACAAGUGUGCUUUGUACAGAGGUGGUCGUAUUUAUGGAGGACAACAUCCAGUUGGCUAGAAGAAGCCCAAAAAUGUGCAGAAGCAUAGCCAAAACAAUUAGUUUUAAAAUAAUCCUCUUGCAAUAUAUUAAUUACCCUUAAGUGUUUGAUUCCUUGGAAUUUUUAACUUGGUACUGGUAAAGCUAUUCGUACAACUUGAUUUUAGUGUUUCACUGUCUAUUUUUUACUGUUAGAAUAUAUGCUUUUUAACAAUCAAUAUUAAAUUCCUGAUCAACUUAAAUCUCAGCUGCAUAAUUGUUUACAGAUUAAGUCCUAGGAAAAUGGUCAGAAGAUGGGUAAAUAUUUUUAUCCAAAUUAUGGGUAAACACUUUGAUGUUCAAAGCUGUUGUUAUUUGCAAAAAAGAUCCCAGUAACCACAGCUUCCCAAUACUUGUCAGAACAGAUGCUCAUUCCUCUUCUCUCCCAUUUACAAGCAUGUUUUCCCUGCUGUGUUGACUGUAGUAGCCCAGACCAGUUAGGUCUUACUUAAAUGGUGAAAAACUGUUGGUGAACUGUUUCUGUGUUUAGGCUUAACAGGCAUCUUUUGACUUAACUGACCUUCACUUGAUGACAACUAAUACUCUCUUCAUACACAAAACAGCCAGCCUCAUCUUGAGGUACAGGAUAAACUAGUACACUGAAGAAUGACACACCACAAAAGGAGUUACAAAGUGAAGUGCUUUAACAGAAGGCAAAGACAAAUUUAUGUUUUCUUAAAUGGAAUGCUGGUUGGCAAGUUAGCCAUAGCUGUCUGGCAGCUGUGCUGUCUUGGUAGAGGUUGGCUCACAAACAAUGCUCCAAACACGGGUGUCAGUCUUGGGAGCAG